UUGCCGUUCCGGAAUGAACCCAAAAUGUGGAAAUGUGGUUUUGGGCAGGCUCUCGACAUAGCGCCCUCUGCAGACGAUGGGCAUAUGGGCUAGCCGUGCAUGGCGUCGUUUUUUUUCAAGCGACCAGCAGUGCAAGAUUGUCAUUGUGGGUUUGAACAAUGCCGGCAAGACCACAAUCCUUUACAACCUGCAUCUUGGCCAGGUUGUCAUGACGCAGCCAACCAUUGGAAGCAAUGUGGAAGAGGUGAAACAUGAAAACAUCACCUUCCAAGUCUGGGACCUUGCCGGCCAGGAGAGUUUGCGCGCCAACUGGUCUACAUAUUUUGCGGAUACCGAUGCGAUCAUCUUCGUGGUUGACAGCAAUGACCAGGAGAAUUUGGUCCUGGCAAAGAUGGAACUGUUCAACGUUGUUCUGCAUGAGGACUUGAAGCAUGCUUGUCUUCUUGUGUUUGCCAACAAGCAGGAUAUCCAGGGUAGCCGCAAUGCUGGAGAGAUUGCACAAGACUUGUCCUUGCACAAGAUCCUCACGCACGAGUGGCAGAUCCAAAGCUGCUGUGCCCUCACCGGAGCAGGUCUGAAGGAGGGCUUGAGCUGGAUAGCGGGCAGAAUAAAUGCCCGCCGCACCGGAAACGGUACAUCCUCCACACCAGUGAGCUAAGAAUGCUGCGAGCGACGGGACAGCGUCAAAA